CUGUUCUUUAAUCCUAUUUUUUACGAUAAUAUUUGCCUUUUUAACAGUUAUACCCCGGUCGGGCGUUCAUUCUUCCAAAGCCCCGAUGGCUACGACAAUCCUCUUGGAGGUGGUCGCGAAGUGUGGUUCGGUUUUCAUCAAUCCGUUCGCCCCUCUCAGUGGAAAAUGAUGCUUAACAUUGAUGUAUCUGCGACAGCCUUUUAUAAGGCACAAUCUGUAAUUGCAUUUAUGUGCGAAGUGCUAGAUAUUUCUGAUAAGCAAGAUCAACGCCGUUUCUUGACCGAUAGUCAGCGAGUCAAAUUUACUAAAGAGAUUAAAGGUCUAAAAGUCGAAAUCACGCACUGUGGUAAUAUGCGACGCAAAUAUCGCGUCUGCAAUGUUACGAAGAGGCCAGCACAAACACAAUCGUUUCCUUUGCAGCUGGAUACUGGACAGACAGUGGAAUGCACUGUAGCAAAGUACUUCCAAGAGCGUUACAACAUACGUCUUGAAUAUCCACAUCUGCCAUGUUUACAAGUAGGGCAAGAGCAAAAGCACACAUACCUGCCGCUGGAAGUUUGCAAUAUGGUGGCUGGUCAACGUUGUAUCAAGAAGUUAACUGAUAUGCAAACCUCCACCAUGAUCAAGGCCACUGCUCGUUCUGCCCCAGACAGGGAGAAAGAAAUCAACAAUCUGACUUCGCUGGUGCUUAUUGACCGAUAA